GCCAAGUUGGCGUUUUUAAAGCAACAUAUUUAAGCCAUCACCAUUGAGUGAUUUCAAUAACAAGAAAAAAAUAUUUUUCUAUACAAUACACAGAACGUUAAAAGAAGCAGCUGUAUCGAUAACAUUAUUCAGUCGAAAUGAAGAUCUACAUUUUAUUCUUUUGCACAUUGUUAAUCUGCAAAGUUGCCUGCAAUCGUAAUCCGAAACUUCUUUCAAAAGAAGUUUGCGGUUAUUCUGAAUCCCGCAAAUCUAAGAUUUAUGACUGCAUCGAAAACAACCUUCCUGCUUUUUUCAAAAAUAAAGUUAAAGGUUUUAUUCAGUGCAUUGGAAGAAAUUCUCUUCUUGAAAUCGUAAAUAUGAUUUGUGAAUCAAACAAACCGGAGGAUCUGAAAGCACAAUAUGCGAAUUGCUUUUCUAUUUUGGAAUUGCACUACGACGUCGACUAUAAUAAUGCAGUCUAUUUCAUAGGAAUGUGUAUGCCGGAUGACGAGUAAAAACAUGGUUUUGCUAAAUAUAAAAUAUUAAAACAUUUAUAAAUGUAUUAAAAUAUUCAAGUAAAUAAAACAAGAUACUAUAAGUAGUAUUCUAGACAAUUAAUAAUAAACAAGUAUAGAAAAUUACAGUAAACUGUACCGAACUUAAC